UCCAUCGCAUUUGCAGAAGCCCUAGCCGUCACGAUGCAGAUUUUCGUAAAAACCCUAACCGGGAAAACCAUCACCCUAGAGGUAGAAUCCUCCGACACCAUCGACAAUGUCAAAGCGAAAAUCCAAGACAAGGAAGGCAUCCCACCGGAUCAGCAACGUCUCAUCUUCGCCGGAAAACAGCUGGAGGACGGCAGAACCCUAGCCGACUACAACAUCCAGAAGGAAUCCACUCUCCACCUUGUCCUCCGUCUCCGCGGUGGCGCUAAGAAGCGUAAGAAGAAGACCUACACCAAGCCAAAGAAAAUCAAGCACAAGCAUAAGAAGGUGAAGCUUAGCGUGUUGCAGUUUUACAAGGUCGAUGAUUCGGGAAAGGUCCAGAGGCUGAGGAAGGAGUGCCCUAACGCUGAGUGUGGCGCCGGAACUUUCAUGGCUAAUCACUUUGAUCGACACUAUUGUGGAAAGUGUGGGCUUACUUAUGUCUAUCAGAAGGCUGGUGGAGAUUAAUUUAUCAGGUUUUUGCUUAAAAUUUAUCAUGAGACAGAUUAUUAUUUGAGUUUUUUUUAGAUGUUUUAAAAUCUGCGUUCAGACUUUUUUUGAUUUUAUCAUAUCAGUAUGAAUUUUGGGUGAUGAUUUAUUUUCAUAGAUGAUGCUAUUAUCUUCGUUAUGGUAUAUCAUGACAUACCUUUAUAUGA